GUCCUUGUGCAUGUGACUGGCAGCUACAAAUGUGGUUAAUAGUGAAUACAAUGUAACGACAAAAUUAUAGAUUCAAGAUAAGUAUGUCAUUAAGUGUGGUGUCCUUAGCAGCUGGCUUAAGCUUCAAAUUAGCAAUUCGCCCAACUACACGUACUGCGGUGAAAGCAUGUCUUUGCCACUAUUCAACAAACGAGGUAAUUCCAUCAACUGACCAUGGUACAUGGUCAAGAAAGAAAACGUCGAGGAAAAAGAACCAAACGCUUAAAUUCAAUGAACAUCUAUCUUGGGAGGAACGAUUGGCGGAUGCUGUGACGCCGUUGUGGAGGCUGAAUUACAAUGAACAAUUGGAACUAAAACAGAGGAAGCAGAAGGAUAUCCUGCUUCAGCUCUCAGACCAGAUUUCAAUGAGAAACUCUUCUCAACUGACUUUAGCAUCACAUUCAACAAUAAAUAACAGUAAACUUAGUUUUCCUUUACUUCCUAUAAAGGCAUCACCUGCUACGGUUGGCUACCGCAACAAAUCCAGCUUCUCUGUCAACAGAGGAGUUGAUGGCAACCCAAAGACGGUUGGUUUUUAUGUUGGCACAGGCAAAGCUGGUAAUAUUGUCUGUGUCAAUGGGGAUAACCUCAUCAACAUGCCAGAAAAACACCUGCUGGUGGCCAGAUGCUACCAGAACUUUAUCCGCCUCUCUCCUCUGGAACCCUGCCUCCUCUUCCAUACCGGGGGUCACUGGAGAGAUAUCACAGUAAGAACCAAUACAAAGGGACAUACUAUGGCAAUAGUGUACUUCCAUCCACAGAGCCUGACUCCAGAGGAAAUUGACUUCCACAAAUCGGCUCUAGUGGAGUACUUCAUCCGGGGACCUGGAGUCGUCUGUCAACUCAACUCCCUGUACUUCCAGGAAAGUUCUGUGACUCGCUGUAGUCAUGAGGAAUCUCCCUACCAGCUCCUACAUGGCUGCCCACACAUAUACGAGGAGGUGUUGGGGUUUAAGUUUCGCAUCUCAGCAGAUGCAUUUUUCCAGGUGAACCAGGGAGCUGCAGAGGUGCUCUAUCACACCGUGAGAGAGAUGUGCCUACCAGACGGAAGAAUAAGAGAAAGAGGGGGCAUCCUCCUGGAUUUGUGCUGUGGAACAGGUGCCAUUGGCAUUGCCAUGUCCCCCAGAGUGGACAGAGUCAUUGGCAUUGAGCUCAUUGAACAGGCUGUGGAGGAUGCCAGACACAAUGCAGCCCUCAAUGGUGUGUUCAACUGUGAAUUCCUUCAGGGAAAAGCGGAAGUGGUCCUGCCUCAACUAAUACCCCAGCUGAGCUCUAUUAGUAGGGAGCUGACAGUUGUGGUAAACCCUGCCCGCUCCGGCCUGCACUACCGUGUGGUCCGGGCACUACGGAACACUCCCUCUGUCCGCAGGCUGGUCUAUAUAUCCUGUAAACCUGAGGGAGAGGCCAUGAGGAACUUCAAGGAGUUGUGCUGCAGUCCAGACCCUCAAAAGAAGCUCAUAGGAGAAGAGUUUUCUCUGAGAGUGGCUGUGCCGGUAGACAUGUUCCCACAAACACCACACUGUGAACUUGUGCUACUGUUUGAAAGAUGAGCUGCUGGGAUACUGGUGAGAAGUGGAUAGACUGCAAUUAUGAUGAUUUAAUACAAAUUCCUCAUUACAACACUUUGGAAUUCUACUGACACUAUCAACACUAGAUGGAGCCAUUUCAAGUUUGUCAAGGCAGUUCUCUAUUACCAAUCUAUAUGAGUAGCCAUUCAAGUGUCGACACCAAAGUUCAUACAAGCUGGCAUUUCCCUAAAAUGUUGUACCUUUCAUCACAAUUAUGAGAAAAAAUUUAAAAUAUAAGGAUAAGGAUUUUUUUAUUGUCAUUCCAAACCAUGGUACAUGAGCUGGAGCGAAAUUAGGUACUGAGAUCCGGUUAAAUCCACUCACAAAUAAAUAACUAAACUACUCAUCAUAAAUAAAUACAAUAAAUACAGAUAACCAAUCAUACACACACACAGAUAAUUUAUUUAUUUUUAAGGCAGGGUAUUUAAUGUGUUUGAGAGGCACUUUUUGUCUUAUUAUAAUAAUCACAUUUUGAUAGCAACAAAUACAUAUAAAGGUUUGAUGUUAAUAUGAAAUCAAUCCGACAUCUGUGGGCGUCGCAAGACUGUUAUAAACACAACCAAUCAUUAGGCAAUACCCUGACUAAUGAUUGGACUGGCUACCUGUCUGUCUACCUACCUACCUGCGCACACACUGCCCCUGCACUCAAUGUGCGUUACUGUAGUUUUGUGGGAGUGGCUUUGAAGGGAUACAUUGGUUUGAAUCGUGUCAAACAGAAGUGAAAAUAGCUAGCUUUGCAAAACUUGCCUAACCCAGCUUCAAAAACAAAACCUUUUUUUUUUUUUUUAUGACAUCUUAGUCAUCACCUGAGCACUUUUUCUGAUUAGAUUAAAAUGAUGCAAAAGAGUAGUUCUGAAGGUAAUGAAAUAGAGGUGGCACUCUGCUAUCACUCUGUUAGCAUCUUCAAGUGUAUUAUGUUUUUACAGUAGGAAGGCCCAUACAUAGUGCAUAAAGAAAGUACAGUCAAAGAUCAAGGAUCAAAAGUACUAAUUCUACAGUAUUUUAUCAGAAGAAGACUUAAUUGAAUUUAUUAAUGAUGCGUAGUUUAGUUAUUUAUUUGUGAGUGGUUUUAACCGGACCUCAGUACCUAAUUUCGUUCCAGCUCAUGUACCAUGUUUUUGGAAUGACAAUAAAUGAUCCUUUUCCUAGUUUGUGAUGCUAGAUGAACACAUACACACGUGUGGGUAGCCGUGACACCAACACACACGCUUGAGUAUCCACACAAUGAAAUUACGUUCUCUGCAUUACCCCCCAUCCUGUUGUCCUUCCUCAAAGGACAGCCAGGAGCAGUGAUCAGUCAUAUCGACUUGUGUCAAAAGGCGACGGAAGUCAAAGUGCUCAUCUUAUGCCUUGGCCAGGAACAUGAGCAAAAGACCAAUUUGUCUUGUAUGUUUUUAUAGUUUUUUUUUUGUGGAAACUCUUGUGAGCACAUGCAGACAUAUAUACAUACAUUUGUAUGUAUAUAUGGAGUCAGGUGGCUGAGCGGUGAGGGAAUCGGGCUAGUAAUCCGAACGUUGCCAGUUCGAUUCCCGGUCAUGCCAACUGACGUUGUGUCCUUGGGCAAGGCACUUCACCCUACUUGCCUCGGGGGAAUGUCCCUGUACUUACUGUAAGUCGCUCUGGAUAAGAGCGUCUGCUAAAUGACUAAAUGUAAAUGUAUUGGACAUACAAACUCCACAGCGGAUAAACCAGGAGACACCCCACAGGAGCACCAACAGGCUGCAAGUGACAAUCAAACCCACAAUCUUCUUGCUACCAGACACUAUGAACUGUGAGGUAACGUAUUACAUCAUAACUGCAAAAAGUGAGGGGAGUUUUGUCUGAUAAGAGGACACAGGGUAGAUGUCAGAGCUUGACCUGCUGGUACCUUUUUAUAAUGCAGACAGUAUGUCAACAUGGGUGAUGGGGAAAGCGAUGAGGCAGAUAAUGCAUCUUGCCACAUAUUUGGCCUUCCGUACCCUUCUUGCACGACACAUUCUUUGGUCAGGACAUACCCUGUUUGCAUCAGAAUUCAUAUUUUUAUUAGGUACGACAGAUUAUAGAUAGAUGCAACAUUUAUAACUCUCUGGAUUCUUGUCUCUUCUUUUUUAUAUCCGUUGGCCAUCCCUGGGGUGCUGGGUCUAAAGUCUCACAUGUUCACCAGAAGACCUCCCAAAUACCAAAUGUAUCUUUCUUCCAAUGGUCUUGACAGAAUCCAGUCAUUGAAUACAUAAAAAAAAUAUAUAUUUUGGAGAUCCAAAUGUUGUGUGUGCUAUAUAUACUUUAGAGCCCUCUGUAACAAUACAUUUUGUAGAAUCCUAUGGUUUUACAUACAACCGAUGUUAGUUAUUUACUGUGCCUUUUGUUAAUCUAAAUUAAACCUCUAUUCACAGGGUUUUUUACACAUUUUACAUUUAUAGUAACCUUUAGUUUUUCUAGCUGUGGCUGUCCCUAUGCAUAACUUUUAUAGAGGGUUGUUAGGGUGUUUUUUAUUUACCCAUCAUAAACUAGGCUACUAUUUUUUUUAUCAUGUUUUCAAAAAAAAGAUUAGAUGUAGACCUAUGUAUGGAUUACUCAUCAUACAACUAAGGCAAGUCAACAGGUUCCAACCAGUACAGUAAUGCUACGUUGAGGCUGAAGGUGUUUUUCAACAAACCAAAAAUACUGUUAGGCGUGAAUUCGGGUAAUCUGGGACAUUGGGUAAUGUGGGACACCUAAACUCCAGAGCGUUUUCUUCCCUGCUAUGACAAUGUCAAGUCCACAUAACUUUGACUAUAGGUUUAGCCUGAAAUCACAAAACAUGAUUGGUGUGGUGUCACAGAAAGGGUCAGGGAAGUCAAUCAGGAAGCUCCUAUGAGAAAAUGCAAUGCAAAAAAUGUUCCAGAUUACCCAAAUUCACCCUAUACUAUUUAAGGUAGCAUUACUUUAAAUUUAUUUUUAAGAUUACAUUAACAUUUCAAGGUAACAUUACAAAAUGUGAUGCUACCUUUAAACCUUGUGCAGAUGUUUAACAUCAACCUACUGUUGGGUGAAAGCUAAAUAUUAUGUUUUGUCUCUACCUGGUACAGUCCCCCAAAUCAAAAUAUAAUUAUUCACGUUUCUGUUUGGAGUGACCUACUUUUAAGCCCUAGGUUACGGUAGGCUACUGCUGGUCACUGACUUGAGUAACACAAAUUGAAAGAUGGUUGCAUGCCUAUGAAGCAAACCAUCUCUGUUGACAUACCUUAUGUAAUCCCCAAACAAAUACAUGAUCAUGACUAAACAAUGAGUGUUACUGUGAAAAAAAAAAGAAAAAAAAGACAUCUGAACGACUUUCACCCGUGGAUGGCGAACAUCAGAUGACAGGGAACCAAUGAAAAAGUCAGGGCAAUGUGGCAUCCUCCCCGACCAAUUGCAUGCUUUAAAAAGACGACUGAAAUUCACAAAGCGGAGGUUGGCUACUGGGCGCGUUCAGCAUCACGAGGCAUUCGCAAUAGAAUAUCAAUUGAGCUUUUUCUUCUGUUCAUCUUUGGUAGAGAUAGGCCAACUUGCUGAAGUUUAUACGUAUCAGGUCUCUGCACAUUACUGGAUCGCAAAAAUGACAGAAACGGAGACAAGGACUACUAAUCCUCGCAAGCAACAGAACGGAAAAGUUGUGGCAGA